AUGUCUCAAGACAUCAAAGUCGACAAUCCGUUCCAGCCGUUGAUCACGGAAACAAACAAUGAUCCGGCUCAAUUGCAGUCUCGCUACGAAACCCAUCGGAAUGGCAGAAACGCCGCACAAACCGCCCAGAUCCUGGAUACCGACCACUUCGCCGGAUGGAAGCUCGACACCGUGUUGAUGCGGAUGGAGGGUCCCCAUAGAGAAGAGGGGUUUGUUGAUCCUCGCAACUGUCUGGUCUUCUGGGCACGACCUACAGCUGUGAUCCGGGAGAUGAUUGCCAUGAUCCAGCGGGAAUUGCAGAUUGUUGCGCCGACGCUGUGGACCAUGCCGAACGACUGUCUUCAUAUGACGAUUCUCGAAGCGGCGCAUUCCCUGACAGAAGAGCAAAUCCAGAACCUGGUCACUAUUUUGGAAACAUCGAAGACCGUCUCUACGUCGGAGAUUGCCAAUUACGCGCUGGCUCAUCGCUGUCGGGUCGUGAAACCCAUGAUCAGCUUUGACGCUUCUGCAAUGGCGCUCAGCUUUGUUCCUGCGGCGGGAGAAGGAGGCAGUGGCGAUGACACUGCUGAUGGGUACACCUACCACGAUCUCCGGCGGGAUAUAUUCGAUCUGGUUCGCAAGGCUGGCGUGCGCGUGGAGUCGAGAUACAGCGUCCCCUCGGCACAUAUCACGAUCGCCCGAUUCAUUACUCAGAACGGGUUUACCACGGAGGAUAACCAAGUCGAUCACAGCAAGGUGAAGUUGGUCAUUGAGAAGAUCAACGACCUCAACCGCAAGUUGCAGGAGGAGUACUGGCCACAGGCAGACGGCAGUAUUCCUGCUGGAGGAGAGUGGAAGCUGGGACAGGAGAGAGGGCUGGUUAUUCGACGCGGGAGGUUGUGGUAUGGUGGUGGUGAGGAUGUGCAGGUUGGAGAGGGAUUCUGA